AUGAGCCCAAGGGAUAGUUUCUGGUCCGUCAUGGUGGCGUUUGUCGUCAUCAACAGUGUUACCGUUGGGUUGAGACUAUGGCUCCGAAUCUCAAGUGGGAGUUUUGGAUAUGAUGACUGGGCUACAUGUGUUGCAUUUGGCGUAUUUGUCGUCUUCUGUGCCUUUGAGUUCCGGGCCCUUGGCUAUGGAUAUGGCUCAACGGAGAUGCUGCCUGGAUAUAACCCGAUACUAGCAGCUGAGUUCUUCGUCAUCGCGCAGCUGUUAUAUCUCAUCGCGCAGCUAGCUGCAAAGAUCAGUGUGGCGUUGGUCCUCUACCGCAUCGCCACAAUGGCGCCUCUGAUACGAAAGACACUCAUUGCUUCCAUGGCAAUCUUGUCCAUUGUAUCUGUGGUUGCAAUCUUCAUCUUCGGUUUCCAAUGCCGUCCUCUUUCAGUCGCUUGGGGGGUUGGCACCGGCACAUGCCUACCAGGAUCGACUAUCGCCAAUGUAGCGUAUGCUGUCUCGGCAGCAGAUAUUCUCUUUAGCUGGUUAUACGGACUGCUACCAAUUUACCUGCUCUGGAGUGUCCAGAUCAGCAUGCGAACAAAAAUUGUAGUGUCAAUUCUACUUGGUUUCGGCGCGGUCUACCAUCUACCGCCGCAGCACAGGCUGUCGACUUGCUCCUCACGGCAACUAUCUAGUAUGUCGAACCUACUACGAAAAACAACUGAAGAGCUAACCAGCAUGUCUAGUUCCGCAACUGAAGUCGGCCUGGCAAUCUUCUGCGCUUCGCUUGCAGCACUGAAACCACUACUGAAGUUCAUCCCUUGGAUCCCUGGGUCUUCCAAAGGCACGUCCAAGUUCGAAAGCGGUAUCGAGCCACGAGGCCCAAGCAUUCGCCUUCAAGAUCGACAGGUGGAUACGGGGAGCGAGGAGAGCAUUCUCCCAAAUGCACAACACCACAUCCAAAAGACAACACAUUAUGAAGUCAGCUACGAGGCGCACUAG